AUGACGACAAUUACUCAAAAAGUCACGAUUGCAAAGACCACGAUCACGGCAAAGGCCUCUGGAUCCGGUAAUUCUAUUGGCAAAUCUGUGGUUACCAUAGCCAAAACUACGGUUACCCUCAAGCCUACUGCUCCGGCGAAGACCUUGACAAUUGCAAAAACGACCAUCACGGCGAACAACCAAAAUGCCAAACCAACCACAGUGUUUAGAACCACGACACUAAGUGCAGUCGGGUCGCCUCAGAAGACUAUCACUAUUGCAAAAACCACCAUCACCGCCAAAGCGUCCGGAGCCACAAAAGCAUCGACUGCAUCGAUCAAGACCGUGACCAGCAUCAAGACAGUCGACUCCCCUCAGAAGACCGUCACUGUCGCGAAAACUACGGUAACUGCUAGAGUCUCCAGCACCGCCAAAGCAUCGAGCGCGGCUCAUAUCGUCUCUACCAGAACUGUAACGAGUGUAAAGACGGUUGGCGCUCAAACCACUGCUACCAAGGUGGUGACCUUCUAUCCUUCAAUCAUCACAAUCACCAACACUCUGACACAGGCUGGUACAACGCCCGCGACUACUGCAACUACAGUAAUCACCCUCAAGUCGAGCUCAGGAUCGAGCUCUGUAUUCAAGUCGAGCUCGGUAACCAAGUCAAACUCGAAAGCAAGCACCUCAACCCAAAGACCGCGGUCGGCGUCUCAUACGCCUCCACUAGUGCUGCAGCUUCCCCAGUUCCUGCAUCAUCAACAUCCGAUCCGAGAUCGACCUGUUCCCUGGCGCCUCUCAAUACCCCUUCUGCCACCGUCACCGUAG